GAAAAGAUAACCCCGUAUCUGAAAUAAAUUAGAUUAUAAUGUCAACGCAAAUAAGUCAAAUUGAUCUCCAGAUUUUAAAGAAAAAAGUUUAUCAGGCAGCCAGAGAUGGACGGGCUAUUAGCAUUUUUGCCAUGCUGUGGAAUUUGGACAGGGAGAGUAUUGUUAAGGAGGUACUAAGUAAUCUCACAGAAGAGAAUGGACAGAUCACCACACCACUUAUUAUUGCAGCCAGAAAUGGUGAAGAAAAAGUUGUUCAAGUGUUGCUUAGCAACUUUGAAGCAAAUAUUGAACAGACAGGCACGGUCCGGUUUGAUGGGUAUGCCAUCGAAGGAGCUACACCACUGUGGUGUUCAGCUGGGGCAGGCCACUAUAAUAUUAUUAAAAUGCUCAUAGAGCAUGGAGCAGACGUCAACCAUUCAACUGUUACCAACUCAACCCCUCUCAGAGCAGCAUGUUUCGACGGGAGAUUAGACAUCGUGAAAUACCUCCUAGAACACGGUGCUGAUUUGUCUAUUGCCAAUAAGUUUAAGAACACAUGUCUAAUGAUAGCAAGCUAUAAGGGUCAUAAGAGCGUGGUUGAAGUAUUACUGGAGAAGGGGGCUGAUGCCGAUGCGAGAGCACAUUGUGGGGCGACCGCUCUUCAUUUCUCUGCUGAGUGCGGACAUGUUGACAUUGUUAAAGUUCUCAUGGAGAAAGGCGCUAGCAUUCUGAAAAACGACAAAGACAUGACACCGUUGCUCGUAGCAGCGGAAUGUGUACAGGCUGAGGUUGUUGAAUAUUUGAUUUCAUCGGACAUUUGCAGUAAAGUUGAUAAGAUAAAUGCCCUUGAGCUGCUUGGAGCCUCGUUUGCCAAUGAUAAAGAACAGUAUGACAUUGAAAAUGCCUACAAGUAUAUGCGUAGGGGUAUAUGUGAAAGGUUUAAAAAUCCUGAAAAUAUUGUAAGAAAAAAUUUAGACGACCCAGUCCCGGCAUAUAACAAUCAAGUAGAAUGUAAAACUUUACAGGAGAUAGAUGCAAUUAAAAUAAACCAUUCAGCUCUUCAUAUGGAAGGGCUUGCAAUAAGGGAGAGAAUUCUUGGAAAAGAUAACCCUGAAGUUCCACAUCCUGUUAUAUUCAGAGGUGCAGUGUUCGCAGAUGGAGCAAGAUUUGACAGAUGUAUAGAACUCUGGCUUCAUGCAAUGCAACUGCGGCAAAAUAAAUAUAGGUCAGUCUCGAAAGAUUUGCUUCGGUUUGCGCAGGUUUUCUCACAAAUGGUUCAUCUUGGUGUCAAUCCAGAGUUUAAAUCAGUCAGAGAGGUGUUUGUUCGAGGCACGGCGGAGCUGAUAUAUGACGUGCGACGUAGAGAGGAAAGCCCCAGUGAUUAUGAUAAUUUACAAGAGGUUUAUGAAGAAAACAUUCACACGUUACUGUAUCUGAUUGUGAUUAUUUUGAAACUUAAAAUUCCUGAUACGGAACAAGAAGACUUUUACCGAUGUGUUUACCGAUUCCUUCAACAAAAACCGGAGCUCAGAAACGGAUACACAUUACUUCACAUGGUAACAGACGGUGCUACCAUUGUGGAUGAUUUUCACGUAAAUGACAUUGUCACAUUUCCAAACGGACCACUGUGUAAGCUACUCAUCGAUUGCGGCGCCAACGUGAAUGCGCAGGACAAACUAGGAAACACUCCCCUCCAUAUAAUAGUGCAAUACAAUAAUCCAAUUAGUGAUUUUGAAAAUCUUCACCUGUCAAUGAUCUCUCUUAUCAAGGCCAAAGCUCAUCUAGAUAUUUGUAAUCGUGACCAUAAAACAGCAAUGGAUGCAUCAGUAACUGGGGUUGCCGAGGUGAUUAUCAAAACAAACAGUUCAAUUUCUCUGAAAUGCUUGGCCUCCAAGGUCAUUAAGGAGCACAAUAUCCCUUUUAAAGGCUUAAUUCCAAUGGGACUUGAAGAUUUUAUAGAGUGGCAUUGAUACAUCAAUGUGACUCAGUAACGGAGAAAAGCUCAGUACUUCAGAAAAGUUAAAACAGAAGUUUUGAUGUAAAACAGUUGUAGCAUUAUUAUAGAGAAACAACUGUUUUUUUUCCAUCAACGUCUCGGAAUAUUCUUUACUGCUGUGAUUAUUGUGAUGCUUCUUAGAAGUGAUAUUUGUGAUAGGGCAAGAUAAUUUUGUUAUGUAAUUACUGUAUGUAUGCCUGUAUUGUACAGUGUUGUUUUUGUAUGUGCGGAGACGGUGUUUUGCUGAAUGUUAGUCAUUAUGUAUGACGGUUAGAUAUUGAUACAUGUAUAAUGUGAACAUCACCCUCAUUUCUGUAUUUUCAUUGUUAUAAUAGUUGGUAUUAGUUACCUUUGUGAUAAACUGUUGUACUUGUUUCUUUCUAUAUAAUUAGUUACAAAAGUCUCAGACACUGAUAGUUACAUGUAUGCUUGACCAAUGUUUUAAUUUGAGCCGCGUCAUGACAAAACCAACAUAAUGGGUUUGCGACCAGCAUGGAUCCAGACCAGCCUGCGCAUCCGCGCAGUCUGAUCAGGAUCCAUGCUGUUCCCUUACCUACUCUAUUACAAGUAGAGAAACUGAUAGCGAACAGCAUGGAUCCUGAUCAGACUGCGCGGAUGCGCAAGCUGGUCUGGAUCCAUGCUGGUCGCAAACCCAUUGUGUUGGUUUUGUCAUGACGAGGCUCAUUUAUUUGACUUGCUGUAGGUCUGAAACAGUUCAGAUAAAUAACUGAUAUGAUGAUUACGUCUGAUGAUUAAAUAUAGAGAUAUUAGAAAUACAUAAGUUCUUAAUACAUGUUGACUACACUUGUGACAUCUUUGUGAAAUAUAUAGAGGAUAUUUGUUUGUUUUGCAUGUAAGAUUGAAAUAUAUUUCACUGAGUGAACACUAGAUGCAAUAUUUCACGAGUGGCGUAGCCACGAGUGAAAAUAGAAUAGCUGGUGUUCACGAAUGAAAUAUAUUUCAAUCUUAUAUGUAAAACAAAUAAAUUUUCAUUUUAUUUCAUGCUUUUUUAAGUGAUUUAAAAUAUUCUUUAAUGAUUUUGACGCGUAACAUCGCGCAUUCAACUUGGUGACGUCACCAAAUCAUGACGUCACAUCAUCAAUUUUGAAAUAUAGUUCUGUUAAUUUUUUCUAAUUUUGUAAAAUAUUUAACAUGGUGUAUGGUGACAUCGACUUUCUUUUCCUAAAGAAGCAACAUUUACUUAUGACGGCAUUUAUUUCUGCCUGUUAUUCCAUUUAUUUCUGGUUUUGUUUUCAUCCGCAUUCAAAUAAAGUACAGCUACAGUGAAAAUUAUAUUUUAUAAAUUUCACUAGUGGUUUAUCAGAAUAUAAUCAUUUGAUAUAUUCCAGUAAAACACCGGAAAGCAUGAAAUAAAAUUAUAUAAUUUUUCAUUAGUUGGUGCUAAUUAUUCAUAUAAUAAAGUGACUAUUUUAAUUGUGAUUUCUUUUUCUAUAAACCUGAAAUUCUGUAAAGUUUAGGAUUUUUUAGCCAACAUUAAACCUUGACAUGUAAUUAAAACAUUAAAUAUCUGUGAUAGAGAAAAUACUCUGCUGCUGCAUAUUAAGAAUGAAAGAAUAUAAAUGUUGAUGAUUAUCUCCCUUUAGUUCUUUAUGUAAAACUUUCACCCUAUAUUUUACAAAGUAUGGCAUUAAGCUUUUGAAAUACCAUUGUUAUCUACAUUAUUUUAAUUAAAUUACUUUUUACUGACUGUUGAGUGAUAUAUUUCAAUUAUAAAAGUACUUUUGUCCUAAAAAGGUUUACAAUCAUGUUUAAAUAGUGAGAUCUGGUUUAUAUCAUUCACGGUGUAGCAGUUGUUUUAAAAUUUCCUGUGAUGCAGUCUAAAUCUUUGUAUAAAGUGAUUGUUGUUACAUUUAUUUUUGUUAGUUGGGCAUUAAAUUUCUUACUUUCCAAUUAAGUGUAGAUUAAAAUUUCUUGCUUCCCAAUUAAGUGAAGCUCAAAAUUGUUUACUUCCCAAUUAAGUGUAACUUCAAAUUCUUGCUUCCGUAUUAAGUGUAGCUUAAAUAUUUUUUCUUCCUAAUUAAGUGUAGCUUUUUUUUUUAAAUUUCAAAUGGGAUACAUUGUACGACUAAAAUCAGAUACAUAUAAUAUACAUUACUAUGCUUUUUAUUAUUACAUAUAGAGUUGUGUACAAUAUGUAUAUUUGUAAGGUCACUUUUCAUUGGAUUAUUGUGAUGUUUAUAUAAUCUAUAAACAAGGCUGCUGCCAAUUUAUGAAGUAAUUUUCAUUUUUUUUCUCAAAGUCAGUCAUUCUGCUAUAAUAUGAAUUUGUUAUAUAGAUAUUUGGUGAGUUAUAUGGCCAUUUAUAUAUGGUUGUUUGCAAUAUAACCUGAGCUGUUUGGCAAGGGUUAUAUUGCAAACAAAUGUUAUAUAGUGGGUCAGGUUAUAUAAGCAUAUAAGUAAUAAUGCAUACAUGUAAGUAUGAUUUUAGUGAAAUAGACCAUAUGGCAUUAUGAAGAGUGAGGAUUUUUAAAUGUUUUUAAGAGUGGAAAGUGCAAGUGGUAAUAUGAAAGAAAUUCACACUUUGAAGUGAGAUAAAAGCCCAUAUUCACUAUAGAAAGAAGCUAAAUUUUGUUCUUAUUCAUGCAACAUUAUAUAGUUUGUCCAUUUAACUAGUCAGAUGUUAUCACAAUAGAUGUCAAAAAGUCCUUGAUGUCAUUAAAUCUUUAUCUGGUAUGUUUUCUUACAUCUUUGAAUGUAACUGUGUGAUAUAAUUUAUAUCUCAUUGAUAUUUCAAUACUUCAUUUAGGAACUUAUGAUGAAUAUGUAUAUGCUGUAUAUGUUUCAAUGAAAAAUUAACAAUUU